AUUAAAUUAAAAUAAUUUAAAAACACGUGUGAGUUGUGAGUAAAAAUUACGACGUAAAAUCAUCAUGGCGAUUUUGUGAUACAAAAAAUAAAUAUAAAGCUAAUUAAUAUCAUUUAUAAUGAAAUGAUAAUUGUUCACCGUAUGGAGAUAAACUGUAAAUAUAAAUAAUGGCUGGUAGCAUAACAGAGUACGUAAAAAAUCAAGAAAUCCAAGAGAGAUGUAACCAUUGGGUAACACAAAGUAUAUUAUCACCCUCGACUUUGCGUAAUAGCAAUAAAAGAGAACGUGAUAAAGAGAGUGAUUAUGAUUUAUCUGAAUGUUUUGACACUGAUUCCGAGUUUGAUUCAGUGUCUGAAUGUGGUGGUAAAAGACGACGAUUAAAGAUACAGCUGAAAGAUGAAAUUCUUAAUUUAAUUUGUGAAUGGAAAGAUUGUCAGUACACUAGCACAGAUGUGGAGCAUUAUGUCCAUCAUGUUGCUAAUCACGUCUCUGAUUUAGAUGUUAAAAUUCUAAGCAAUAUUAAUAACAAUAAUUAUAAUAGUGAUAAAAGUGAUGCUGAUGAAAGCAGUAAAAAUAAUAAUGAAGAUAAUGAGGAUGACCAAGAUGAUAUUGAUGAUAAAGGCGUUUAUGUUUGUAAAUGGAAACAUUGCCAGUAUGAAAAUGAUAGUAUACCAGAUAUUAUUAAGCAUGUUAAUUAUCAUUCUUAUCAUACUAAAUUAAAAUGUAUUGGCUCUAAUUUACGUGCUAAAAUUAAAUUGCCUAAAUGUCAUCGAGAAAUGAUGCCGACAGUAUUUCAUUCAUCAACGCCAUUAUUUUGUGACUGGGAGGAAUGUUUGAAGUUAUUCAACAAUUUUCAAUUAUUUUUAUACCACGUUAGCCAGCAUGUUGCCAGUAAUCCACGCGGUAAUAAAGUCAGCGGCGGUGUUGAAUGUCUUUGGACCGGGUGUAAACGUAAAUUUUCAAGCAUACAUAAAUUAAAGGAUCACAUUAAAUGUCACACAAAAGAAAAAGUUGUUGCUUGUCCAACUUGUGGAGCAGUUUUUGCGUCAAAUACUAAAUUAUUUGAUCACUGUCGACGACAAAUUUCUAUUGAAACCCAAGGAUUCCAAUGUUCCUACUGUACAAAAUUUUAUCCAACAGAAAAUAUAUUACGUGAACACAUGAGAUUUCAUGUAUUUAAAUACAAAUGUAGUCUUUGUGAUAUGAGCUGUGAAUCACCAGCAGCUUUAGCUAAACACGUAAGAUAUCGACACGUCAGUACACGACAAUUUAGUUGUCAAUUGUGUGAACAUGCUGCUAAAUCACAACAAGAUUUGGAUUCACACAUGACAGUGCAUACUAAUGGUCAUAAUUUUUUUUGUAAUAAUGACGGAUGCUCUUACACAUGUAAAAAUGCUUAUGUACUUGAUAGGCACAUUGAACGUGUUCAUAGAUCAGAAGUUAGAUGGUACUGUUGUCAUGAGUGUCCAAUAAAAUAUAGACGGAGUUAUAAUUUAACAAAACAUUUAAUUGGAGCACAUAAUUUACGAUGGCCUGAUGGACACAAACGUUUUCAGUAUACAAGAGUUGAAGACGGUUGUUAUCGAUUACAAAUGGUUCGAUAUGAAUGCAUUGACGAAGAAGAAGAUGCUCGUGAUUCGAUUGUUCAAGAAUCGGAAUUACCAUUAAAAGAUUAUAAAAUUAAAGUAAAUACUGACUCGGGUAUUCCUAAUUAUGAAAUAUUUGAAGAGAAUGGUGGUGACAGCAAUACAGAACUAGAAGUAAAUACUGACGUUGAUGAAAAUGUUUGCAAGUCGAUGCCAAUAAUAUCAAACAUUUUAAUUUCAAUUGAUGAAGUUGAUGAGGAUGGUAAUAUUAUUAAUAGACAAGUUAUUGAAACACAAGAAACUAAUACUCUACCGUCUUCUGAUAAACCACCAGUUAUUUUAGGGCUUAAUUUAAACAAAAAGUCUAAAGUACCCUGAUAGCCAAGUUGGCCGCAAAAUUUGGCACUUCCAUAAGUUCACGGCAACUUUCAGCUCGUGUAACUUGCCUACAAGUUGUCUACAAUCCCAGACAGCAAAAUGACGUCUUGAUGAUUCUUUAAAAAGAAGUCUUUAAGAAGUUCUCAAGAUGUCGAAUGAGCCAUCUAGCGAACUCAGUAAGACGUCUUUAAGGCUCGGCCGAAAACAAAAUCUCGAAUUUAAACCCUAGUUAAAAAUACUGAUUGAAAAGAAUUGAGAAGCGGCCACUCCAUGCAAACUGUAUAUCUAUAAAUACAAACAAAAGAAUUGAAUUUAUUGAAAAGAAUUCAAAUUUCAUCACUUUUAAUUCUUUUUAAUCAGUAUUUUUAACCAGGGAGAAUUAUAAUUACUUUUUGAAUAUUUAUGGGACUCGGAUGAUAAAAAUCUUCCGGGGAAGUUCGUCUUCUACUAUUUGUCGGAAGCUAAGAAAAUCACUGUUAUGAUAAUUAUUUAAUAAAUAAUUAGAAUUCUUAAAUUCGAGAUUUUGUUAAGUGCGGCCCAGCCUUAAACGGAGUUCUUUUUUCUGACUUCGCAAAUAAGACCAGUAUGAAUUUACCAUGACGUCUUUAAAGAGCUCCUAAUUUUGACUUCAUAAAGAAGUUUAAAAAAGAAUACAUUUAGACGUCACAAGACUGGCGUCUUAUUUAUGGAGUCUUCAAGAACUCUUAAUUAAGAGUUCUUAAAAAUGACACCUUUAAGAUGUCAUUAUGAGACUUCUUGAAGAUGCCUUCAAAAAUACGUCGUAAAGAAGUCAUUCUGACUUGAAAGCUGUCUGGGAAGUUGCUCAGAAACUUGGCCCCAGACAGCAUUCAAGUCUGAAUAACUUCUUUACGACGUCUUUUUGAAGGCAUCCUCAAGGAGUCUUAUAAUGACAUCUUAAAGGUGUCAUUUUUAAGAACUCUUAAUUAAGAGUUCUUAAAAACUCCAUAAAUAAGACGUCAAUUUUGUGACGAAUAAAUGUAUUCUUUUUUAAACUUCUUUAUGAAGUCAAAAUUAGGAGCUCUUUAAAGACGUCAUGGUAAAUUCAUACUGAAGUCUUAUUUGCGAAGUCAAAAAAAAUAACUCUUUUUAAAGACGUCUUACUGAGAUGUACCUGAAGAUCGGAACGUUUUUCGCGUAACGAAAAUGAAAAAAAUGAUGUAAUUUAACUGCUUGAGGGGUAGUUCCAGAGGUUGGGGCCGGCCUAAGAUUUUUUGCUGACAUAUCAGCAUCUAUAUAAGAAACAUUUCUGGAAUCUAAUUAUCCAUUAGAUUUUUUAUUAUCAAAUUUUCCUUUCCGUUGGGCGAAAAACGUUUCAAUGUUCAGGUACAUUUACUGAGUUCGUUAGGUGGCUCAUUCGACAUCUUGAGAACUUCUUAAAGACUUCUUUAAGAUGUUGACAAGACGUCCAAAUCAUAAAUAGGAACUCAUUCAGAACUCAUCAAGACGUCAUUUUGCUAUCUGGGGCGACAGGUUGCGGCAGCAGAUUGUCGCCAAAUUUCUGAGCUGUAGCCAACUUGUAGUCAUCAGUUACAAAAGCUGAAAAUUGUCAUCAAGUUGGUCGCAACUCAUGUACACCAUCUUUCUGAUCAAAAACUCUGGCUAUGGGUAAAAGUUGGAAAAAAAUAAGUAAUAUUUUUUUUCAUUGUGAUAAAUUAUUUUUUAUUACACAUCAAUAAAAAAUAAUAAUAAUAUUAACAACAAAGUAAUUAAACCUAAAUACUUUUGGCUUCUUUUUUACGUAUUUAAAGUACUGUUUAAAAAUAUAAAAAAAAUUGUUUAAAAAAUAAUAAACAAUUAAAUCUCAGUAAAGUUAAAAAAUAAACAAAUAUAAUUUACGUAUUUAAAAUUUAAAAAAUUAACAAACGUUUACGUAGACUUUUAAGAAAUAAUAAUAAAU